AGUAAGUCACUUAUGUUAGGUACCUUAUUACAGAUCAGUGCUGAGUUGGAUGCUGAUAAUGGGCUUCUAGAUCCGCCAAGUCCCGAAACAUCCAUACGGGGGACCCCAACAUAUCCUUAAGGCUUAUGUAGACCACAUUUCGCUAAUAGGGCUGUUUGCUGUUGGUAGACCGUGAUUUUAUUUUUCUCUCUUAACACCGAGGCGCACUUAGUCUUUGCUGUUGGUAAACCAUAGUUGACAACCACCACCACCACCAUAAUCCAGUAACGGUUAGAUCUCAACUUUUAUUAGGUAGUUCUUGGCGACUACAUAUACGGAUCUGACCAGAAAGGACAAAAGACAAUUCUUAUUAACGGUAAAGCUAUCCGAAUCUUUGCCGUUCGACAUGUAAUACGACCGUGGUACGUGCUUACAUGUAUAAUGUCAUUUGUAUUUUCGAUCGUACUCGUCUGAAUUUCAUCCUCCAACAACUGCGCUUCACGGUUCACGGGGACUGUCGAUAAUUCAACAGCGUCGCGCGACUCCAAGUCGCAAACAUGUUGUCCGCUGCUCGCCGCCUUCAAAUAUUAUGCCUCGCUCCGGCAGUCGUGUUAGGAGCGCUUGAAGUUGAUCUAAAUUCAAAAGAAUCCAUCAAAAAUGCCGCGAAACAGGUCGCCUUUGACUUGAUGACCUAUUAUGAUGGCAACGAAACAGGUCAUGUACCGGGCAUCUUGCCGGGACCGCCGCCGGACGGAGACUACUACUGGUGGCAAGGAGGCGCGCUUUGGGGUGCGAUGAUAGACUACUGGCAUUACACAGGUGACGAUACGUACAACGAUGUCACGUUCCAGGCAAUGCAGUUCCAGGUCGGCGAAAACGAGGACUACGCGCCCCGGAAUUGGUCGCUCUCACUCGGCAAUGACGAUCAGUCCUUUUGGGGUAUGUCGGCGAUGCUAGCGGCUGAAAACAAGUUCCAGGAUCCUCCUAAGGACAAGCCGCAGUGGAUUGCCCUCGCACAGGCUGUUUUUAACGACCAGUCCGCACCGGACCACUACGAUGGCAUCUGCGGCGGUGGUAUGAGGUGGCAGAUCGCCCCCACUAACAAGGGUUAUGAUUAUAAAAACACCAUUGCCAACGGUUGCUUCUUUAACAUAGCAUCCCGUCUGGCCCGAUACUAUAGCAACGAAACCUACGCGGAGUGGGCGAUCAAAACGUUCGACUGGAUUCAGAACAUUGGGUACAUCGACAAAGAUUGGAACGUAUUCGAUGGCGGCCACGUGCAGUACAACUGUACGGAUACCAACCGCCAACAGUAUUCGUAUAACGCCGCCAUCCUAUUGUCGGGGGCGGGUUACAUGUACGAAUAUACCAACGGUAGUAAAUUAUGGGAGGACCGGAUCAACGGGCUUCUGGAUGGUAUGGAGCGUAUAUUCUUCGUAAACGGCACAUUGUACGAGCCAAGUUGCGAGGGUGGUUUAUGUACCUCGGACAUGUUGAGUUACAAGGGAUACGUACACCGAUGGCUAGCCGUAACGACGCUAACAGCGCCCUUCACCCGCGAACGCAUCAUGAAGCUGCUCCGCUCAUCCGCCGAACACGCCGUCAAGCAAUGUACCGGCGGUGCCAACGGCCGGCAGUGCGGUUUCCACUGGACGACCGGCGUCUACGACGGCCAGACCGGCGCAGGCCAGCAGAUGAACGUUCUCGGCGCGCUUACGAGCUUGCUCGUCGAGGACGCGAACCCGCCCGUUACUAACAGCACGGGCGGCACCAGUAUCGGCAAUCCCAAUGCUGGAAAUCCCAAGUCUUCGUUGGUUCAGGAGGACCCUGUAACGACGGGGGAUAAGGCCGGCGCGGGGAUAUUGACUGCGUUCUUGCUUGGUACUACCAUCACCGGUGUCCUGUUUAUGGCAUUGGAUUGAACGUAUUUUCGUUCGUUUCUGUUUGAUUUUAGGGGCGUGUUAUGUAUUAAUCUCAUAUUUUAUUCGACAAAUUUUGUUCUUAUUUGUGCAAGAAUCCCUUAAAAUUUACACUUCAGUUAAGGUAUACGUUUGCAUUCGACCAGGUAUGUCUCCUACAUCAAGUAUGUACACUAGCAUCUCGGAAGUUAACUGUAGCAUAAAUACUACAUUGGAACUUUCAUCCUGGGUGUGAGGGCUGUUUGGCUCUUGUGAUGCUUGGCCGAACUCAGCAUUUUGAUCACUGUGCGCUCAAGUCCGAUACGUAAUACAGCGGAUGAUGUGAAUAGCAAAGACGGUAGAUGCCAAAAUUAUGAGGGGAACAGGUGACUGACGAUAGUAUGGUUAGUGAUAUUCUUGAUAUACCCGCUCUCUACAUUAUAGUCCUUCAUUGAGAAUUUCACAGAAAUCACUCUCUAAAGGUUUCCG